UAAUGCAGAAACACCCCAGGAUCAAGGUAAAUGCUCUGUAAAUGUUAGCUGUGGUGAUAGUAAUGAUGUUAAUGAUGAUGAAAAAUCCAUAUUAUUUUGGAAGAUUGUUAGCACUUGAUCCCUUUAUCAGCAUCACAUGUAGUUGAUCUGGAAGCACAACAGUAACUAAACAGCCUAUUCCUAUGUCCAAGUCUAUAAAAAUGAUUCUUUUUGUUCUUAUGGCAACAGAUGGACAAUACCAGCUGGACCAGUGUGUCCCAUUUCGUUCUCUUGGGCAUUUCUACCCACUCAGAAGAGCAGAUCCCACUCUUCCUUCUUUUUCUACUCAUGUAUACAGUCAGCAUUUCUGGCAACUUUGCCAUCAUCGCACUGAUUAUCUCUGUUCCCCACCUCCACACCCCCAUGUACAUCUUCCUCAGUAACUUGGCCUUAGCGGACAUCUGCUUCACCUCCACCACUGUGCCCAAGAUGCUUCAGAAUAUCUUCUCCCCUACUAAGACCAUCUCCUACAUUGGCUGCUUAGCCCAGACUUAUUUCUUCAUUUGCUUUGCAGCCAUGGAAAACUUCCUCCUGGCUGCGAUGGCCUAUGACAGGUACAUCGCCAUCUGCCACCCUUUCCGCUACCCUGUGAUCCUGACCAGAGUACUGUGUGCGCAGAUGGUGGCCAUGUGCCAUGCCCUCUCCCACCUUCAUGCCCUGCUGCACACCUUGCUCAUGGGCCGGCUGAUCUUCUGUGCAGAUAACAGGAUCCCUCACUUCUUCUGUGACCUCUACCCUCUGAUGAAGAUCUCCUGCACCAGCACCCACCUCAACACCCUGAUGAUUCACACGGAAGGCGUUGUUGUCAUCAAUGGAGCUCUGGUCCUCAUUAUUGCCUCCUAUGCCUGCAUCAUCUCCGCGGUCCUCCAGAUCCCCUCAGCCAAGGGCAAGUGGAGAGCCUUUUCCACCUGUGGCUCCCACAUCACUGUGGUGGCCAUGUUCUAUGGCACCCUCACAUGGGUCUACUUCCGGCCCCUUUCCAGCUAUUCAGUGACCAAGGGUCGCAUUGUGACAGUCAUGUACACAGUGGUGACGCCCAUGGUGAACCCCUUCAUCUACAGCCUGAGGAAUGGGGAUGUCAAGGGAGCCUUCAGGAAAUGGACGAACAGAAUAUGGACUUCUUUCUUUAGAUAAAACUCCAAAACACAGUUCAGAGUUUUACCUAUGAUUCUGGGUAAACAAUUUUGUGCCUCACAUAUCUGCUCCCUUUAAGAUGUCCUAGAAAUAUCUAAAUUAAGUACAUAUCAUAGAUUUUCUCAUUAGAUAUUGUCCUAA